AAUCAUUUAGAUAAUAAUCAUACUAUAAAAUGAAAUGUUUAUACGGUGGAAAUUGAUUAUAAUAUACGAUAUAAUUAUUGUGACACUUUUAUAUUUCAAUACAAUAUGUGCAACAGGCGUAAGAAAUCCAAUGAAAUUUGCUGGCGUAGUAGAAAAUAUUACAGUGUACGUUUUGGAAGAUACAAAUUAUUUCCAAAGUGACAGUGUACAGAAAUCAUUGAAAAUGAAUGUGUCUUGGAUGCCACCGAGUGAAGGAAAACAACCUUCUUCGUACAGCAUUAUGAUUACAAGUGUCUCGAAAGAAACUGACAGAAAUGAGACGGAAUGUACGGAAGACUCUGCGUUAUACACUACACAAAACAAAAGUACAUUUAGCAUAAUAAUACCACAAAAUCACUUAUACGGCAUACCAAAGUUACAAAUACGUCCAAAUUGUACGUACAAGAUACACGUUUAUGCCAAUCCGAGAGCUCCCGCAAGAAAGCUACCAGAGGUUAUCUACAACGUUCCAGAAUGCAUAGGACGUAAAUGCAAUUGCGCGUAUGCAACAUCUAUUUUGCCCAUUCCAGAAGUAGAAGUAAUCCAAAGAAAAAAAAGCGUUAUUAUCAACUGGAAAAUUACAUCAAAUAGUUCUCAUAUUCAUUCUUACAUAAUUAGUAUUGGCAUACCAUUGAUGAUAUCGCAAGCAGGGCAUUCUGUAUAUAAUAUCACAAAGAUAAGUAACGUGACCUCUACAAUAAAUACUUUUAAUUGGGAUAUGAGAAUUAACGAUCGGUAUACAAAAAUGAAAAGUGGAUACAAGGUAUUAGUAGCAGCAAUGGAUCAUCAAGGUUGCUUAGGAAAUCAAGGUGGCUUCAUUGUUAAUGAUACAAACAAAACUAAAAUAUUGGAUGGGAGCACCAUGUGGUUAUUACUUGUCGGCAUCAUCAUUUGUAUUAUAUUAAGCUUUAUCUGCAUUAUAUCAAUAUAUAAUAAAAAUGGAUAUCAUCUUGUAUCAGUUAGACGAAGACGAACAGUGUCUGAUCUUUCCGCUUGCAAGUUAGCUCAAUGGCCAGAUCUAGUUUUCCAAAGACGCAACACUGAUGUAUAUGUUGAUCAAAAAUCCGAGGAGACACAUUGCAAGCCACAGAAGGACGCAUUUGAAAUGCCAUAUAAAUGUAUAAAUCUGACAUGUGAAUUAGGAAAAGGGCAGUUCGGUAAAGUAUAUCUAGGCACCGUGAACAAUGAAAGCACGUUAGUAGCCGUUAAAAUGUCUCAAUGUUUUGACGCGUGCAACGAACCAGAAGUUAGACGUCAAUUAUUAGAAGAAAUCAAGAUAAUGAAAAUGGCUGGUCCACAUAAGCAUUUAGUGAACCUCAUAGGUUGUUGUACUUCACCGAACAAUCCUAUAUGUAUAAUUUUGGAAUACAUGGAGGGUGGAGAUUUGCUUGAGUAUCUACAUUAUAGAAGAAAAAUACAAACGGACGACACGUCUUUGUGCAAUUUUGAAAAAAUUGCAUCCAGAUACGCAAAUAUUUUUGAGAAAAACAAAAACAAUGAUGAAAAUGUAUACGACGUAAUCGAAAGACAACAAUUUAUAAAAUUUGCACUCGACAUCGUAAAAGGAAUGGAACAUUUAGAAGCUAAAAACAUCAUACAUCGAGAUUUGGCGGCAAGAAACAUCCUUCUCACCUCAAAUCUAACGCUAAAGAUCUCUGAUUUUGGUCUGUCACGAAAUGGAGUGUACGUGAUAAAUAAUAUAUCUGGCAAAACUCGUCAACUCCCAAUACGUUGGAUGUCACCGGAAGCUAUACGCGAUCAUGUUUUCUCUUCUAAAAGCGAUGUUUGGUCAUUCGGUGUUGUGCUCUGGGAAAUUGGAACUCUAGGUUUUUUUCCAUAUGCUAAUAUACAGGACAAUGAAUUAUUACAUUAUUUAACUCAGGAAAAAUGUCACCUGGAAUGUCCCAAAACGAUUUCUCAUGAUAUAUAUAACAUUAUGUGCUCCUGUUGGAACACUAUACCGCAUGAUAGACCCAGUUUCACACAACUUGCUUUAGACCUGCAGAUAUUAAACAAACCUCUAUGUUCUAUGUACGAGGCAAAUAAUCCUUGUUACGCACUCUUAUCACAUUAAUAUAUCGUAGAAUCAAUAAAUAAGAUAUUUUAUAUAUAUGAAUUACUGGGCAAAAUUAGAAGAACAAAAGUUUGAAAUAACACCAACUUCAUAAAAGUUGAACAAAAAAUCUGAAUUGUUAAUAUGAUUGACCCUUACAAAGUCUCCCCACUAUGGAUCCAGUUCGGAAUUAUGCCCCUUGAAGCAACCCCCUGUCAAAAACAGAAGUUGCAAGAUUGUAGUUUAAAAAGUACAGGGCAAUCUAAUGCAAAAAAAAAUGGCUUGGAAAAAUUCGGAAAUGGGCCCAACCACACCCGCAAAGGUCUCUGGCACUCCUUCUUAACCACGAAACUCACCCCUUUCAACCUUUGUCACUUCUUUGGUCGGACAGCAAAAACAGUGAAUCGCGAUUACACCAGCCUACUUAGUGGUUGCUUCAUAGCACGAAUUGCAUUUGAGACAAAAAAAUCAUUGUUCUCUCUCCGCCAUCUGGUUCAGCCAUGGCUUCAGCUAAUACCGAGGGGACUUCCGAAAAGUCAGAGGUAGAGUGGACGACUAGGUGAGGGUUUUAGUGGGCAGGCUACACCGGCACCAGUUAAGACUGGGAGUCGGUGUAGAAUCACACACUACCCGGGAGUACGGGCUCCCGGGUGUCUUUUGAAGAUUUCCCUCAUCCGCGCAAAACAAAAAAAAAAAGGUUGGUGGAUGUUCGUACCCAAUUUUUAUUUUAUAUUCGUACUGCUCGGAAGUUAAUAACGUUUCGACAUCAGUUAGUGUCGAUACUUAAGACUUUAAAUUAAAUUAUAGUCGGUGCUCCGAGUUGAUCUCUUUAUCUGCUAAAUUAGGAGAUGAAAUCAAAUUCGCGUUGGGCAACAAAAUUACUCUGGUAAGUCAUUCUAGGAUUAAUAAUAAAUUAUCGGCAUCAUAUAUUGUUUAUGGUCAUUAGAAAGCUUGUAAUUCAGAUUUUUAUAAUCCAGUUUUUGUUCAUAUGUCCAGUAAUUAUUAGAAGAAAGGUUUAUAUUUCCAGUAAGAAAUUAAACAACUCCCAUAUAAGCUAUACUAAAACUUCGAAACUUUUUCUACCAUAUGUAUGGUAGAAAGCUUAUUUCAUAUUUCACAAGAAUGUGUAUUGACACUUGAAUAAUUCCCGUAAGUAAGAGGUAAACCUGCAGUACUUUAUUAUGUGCAUAAACCAUGUUAAAGGGGGAACCUCAUGUAAAUCGAAAUUUUUUAGCAAUUUUUUUCUUGCUUAAAUUUAUAGGAAAUUUUCCGUACAAUAAAAAAAAAGUAGAAACCGAUUUGAGACUUUCUUCUAUGUUAUUUUCGUCGAAAAGUGAACAGUGGGCGGAGCACUCAAGUAGACGAAUCGGGAACUCAGCCUUUUGAUCCCUCUGUAACAAAUAUUAACCUGGCUGUGUUAAAGUAAUGUUCGAGGAACAAGAAGAUCUGCUCUAUGGCCCUGGAAUCGCAGAUUAGCAAAAGAUUGCGGUAAGUUAAAAUAAAUUACGAUUUUUUCACGAUUUUGUUACUCGAACUUUGAACGUUUUUCUCGAAACGCAAAAUUUCACUGCAACAUAACUCAAAAACUAAUUUUUCGAUCUUUAUAAAAUUUAUAUAUGGUAUAAAUAUUCUAUAGAUAGUUGGUCACAACAUGACAUUCUCCAAUUUUUAUUUUUUAAUUUAAAACGUUGUUAUUAACAAUUGUUUAAAAAAAACCUUUCUUUUUCAAAACUUCGCGAUUUUUGCAAAUUUGCAAAUUUUAAUAAAAUGAAAAUGUCAUGUUGUGCGUUUUUGCAUAAACUAAAAAACCCAUUUUGGUUUUUUGUUUCAGAUCAUUUUUGUGACCUGUACGCUGCACGGCACAUUUUCCAGACGCCAUUUUCAAGCCGCCAUUGCACCGUUAUUAUAAACAAUUAAAGUUUGAAAAAAAAAUAUUUUUUACAUUGUAAUGUCCAUAAAUUGUACUUUAAAUUUCAAAUCAAUCUACGCGUUAUUUUUCAAAAAAAUUCUUGAAAAACAGGCUGUUUACAUGAGGUUCUCCUGUUAAGUAAGUCUUACGUCUGCUCAUAGCUAGACUUAAGACGAUCUAUGAAUUCAAUCCAAAAUGACAAAAAUAAAUUGUGAUUAAAAAUUAU